CGCUCUUCUGUGAGCUCGGAUCAGCAGGUGCCGUCUUUAAUAGAAUUGUCUCCAUUGCAAGGACCCAGACCAGAAGGGGGGAUCUCUUCCAUUGCGGAUCGCACAAGUCAAGAAUCAAGGACGCGAUAUAAAAUGUGACAUCUCAUUCAUCGGCAGUUCUAGAUCCCAGACACGACUCAUCCUCUCCACUUUCUCUGCAGCCAUGGGUUUAUUUGUAUCUGCGGGGACCCUUUUCUCUAUGCUCCUCAUUAGCAGGUUGUUAGAGAGCUCCGUGGUCAAUGCAGAAGUGAAGGAAGGAGAAAUUCUGCCUCCAACCAUUCAAAAGCUGAUGAAAGGAUAUAACAAGUACCUGAGGCCUUUCUUUGAUAAUGGUCCUGUGACUGUUGGUAUGAGCUUAGACAUUGCCAGUAUUGACACCAUUUCAGAGAUCAACAUGGACUACACAGCCACCAUAUUCCUCCGGCAGCGCUGGACAGAUGAGCGUUUGGUGUUUGAAGGCAACAAGAGCCUGAGUCUUGACGGGCGGCUAGUGGAGCUCCUCUGGGUCCCUGACACCUUCAUUGUGGACUCGAAGAAGUCGUUUCUUCAUGACAUCACCGUGGAGAACAGACUGAUCCGUAUCUUUCCAAAUGGGACUGUCCUUUAUGCGCUGAGAAUUACCACCACUGUGGCCUGUAACAUGGAUUUGACCAAGUACCCAAUGGACAAGCAGACCUGCACACUACAACUGGAGAGCUGGGGUUACAACAUCAAUGAUGUCAUGUUCUACUGGACCCGAGGAAAUGAAUCUGUCAGUGGCCUAGACACUCUUCAACUUGCUCAGUACACAGUGGAGGACCAUUACACUUCUGUGUCAGAGGCUAUAUAUGAAACUGGUCACUACCCAAAGCUGGUCUUCCACUUUGAGCUGAAGAGGAGCAUCCUUUACUUCAUUCUGGAGACAUAUGUCCCAUCAAGCCUGUUGGUGGUCCUCUCUUGGGUCUCCUUCUGGAUUUCCCUGUCCUCUGUUCCAGCACGAAUUUGUAUAGGAGUGACCACAGUACUGACGAUGACCACUCUGAUGAUGGGGGCUCGCACGUCGCUACCUAAUGCCAACUGUUUCAUCAAGGCGAUUGACGUAUACUUAGGAAUUUGCUUCAGCUUUAUCUUUGGAGCCCUCAUAGAGUAUGCUGUGGCUCACUUCUGCACCCUUACUUACAGCGACACACACAUGCUCAUGUACGGCCACCAAAUGCACAACUUUGAUGAUGAAAUGAACGGCAUCGUCACCACCAUCUCCAGCCACUCUGAGAGGGCCAAGAGACGGAAGGAACCUGAUGCAAGUCACACCACUGCUCCCGCUUCCACCGAAUUGGCAGUUGACCCAUCCAGCCCGACAGACAGCGAACCCAAGCCGGAGGUGUCCCCUCCAAAACCCACCAACUGGUGUCUCAUUGUUCUGGCCACCCUUCGCAAACUUCUCACUUUCAUAAACUGCUGUCACAUAGAGAAUCCACACCACAUAGACAACUACUCAAGAGUCACCUUCCCCUUGUCAUUUGUCCUUGUUAAUCUUCUUUAUUGGACGUAUUACUUGUGCUUUUAGCAUUUAUCCCAUUAAUUAGACGGGGAGUUUAUUUCACUGUACGAACAAUAAGUGUGACUUAGGUGUGGUUCCGAGGGGAGUUUUUAGAAUUUCUAAGCAGCAGCAUAAUGAUAGUGAUAUAAGAUUGUUUUUUAAGGAAGAAAAUAGGAAAUGCCUUCAAGGCAUAGUCUAUUCUUUUAAUUCAGCACCACUGUUUUAGCCUACUUAAUGCUGACUGGUGAGAUCUGAUACACAGAGAAGCUUGACAUGAAAAGGAAAAAGUGCUUCCAAAGAUGAAAAAAAUUCAGUUUGCAUAUAUCUCACUGUAGCACAGUUAUUCUAAUUGUGUCCCUGCUAAAGUUGUAGCGACAAAAACAGAGAAUAUGGAGCUGUAGCUUAUGACUUGAUGGCAGAAAGGUUCCAUGAUGCUGUGAAAAGUAAAGGGACAUUUCUCUUUUCGUUUUUAAUACAUUUUAUUUAUUUUCCGUUUUUGCCUGACGGUCCACAGUUUGAGUAAAACUGGGAGAAAUGGACGGGAAGUGACAGAAAUAAAAGAAACAUAAGAUGCUGAAGAAUAACUCAUGAUGGGAGUAUUUUUAAAACUUGUGAGGAAAUUCAGUUCCACGAAAUCACACAAAUAUAUAUCUAUUUAUUUUUUAUUUAUUUUAAUUGUCUUUAGUACUCAAAAGACUCCAUACAACCUGAUAUACAGGAGAUAAAGACUUUAUUUGAUUAGUUUGCUAUUAAUAGCUCAAUGUAUAAGCAAAUCAGACUGCACCAUUAAAUUACCCCAUUUUGCUUAUCGUCAUAAUUCACAUUAUUUGAACAAAAAGGUUUUGCUAUACAUGGGAAAAAACGGUUGUACCUUAUUUAGACAGCAGAUCAUCUCUUUCACAGUGGAAUAAAGACCACAGCUACAUUUUAACAUCUGUUAGAUACAGUGUAGUACAGCUACAUACCAAUCAAAUGACUACAGAAAAGAUACAGGUACAGUGUAUGCUUCGCAUUGUAAUCAAGCAGUUUAAAGUCUAUGCUUCCUUAUCAGCUACCUCUCUGUGGCUGGUUGUUUGACUGGAAUUUUUCCUCUGAAAUAUUGUGAUUGACAGACAUGUAAUCAUUUAAUAUUUUUAGCUAUUCUGAGUUCUGGGGAAAAUGGCGCUACAUUCAUGUCUCGAUUUAUUUAUUUUCAAACAUCUUGGCAUCUUGCAAGGCUCUUUGCCUGUUUCUCAGCAACUCCCAAACUAUUGAAUCUUCUGGACUUUGUUGCUUUAAAAUGACAAGUUCACAGUGAAGCAUAGAAAUACUGUACAUGACAUCAGCUAUUUUUCCAAUUUAGGCCUGCUUACUCCAACCAGUCUGGAAAAAGAAAGCUUGACUAUUAGGGAACGUAGUGAGAAAGAGUAGUCAAAAAAUCUGAUGCAAAAUAGCAAUGUUUUCAUAUGAUGGACAAGAACAUUUCAGCAAACUGGUACUACUCAAUUCAAACACUACUGUACAUGUGUUUGACAUGGUUAAGUAUUUUAAUGACAAAUAGAGUCGACAACAACGUGAACAUAUGGUUAUACACUCUGUUUGCUUUUUCAGUGAGGAAGCAUUAUUUGAUAUGUUGGCUAAUGGCUGAUUAUGUGAACCAAAGAUUAUAAUCAAAUUUCAAAGUGCAUUUCCAAAUGUUAAUACCAUACCUGAUGUCGCAAAUGUCAGACAACAGGAUGACGCUGCAUGUUAAUUUUUAGUUGUAUUCAGUAUUGCUGUAACAAGCUCUCACUUAUACUGGAAUGAGUUAAUUUACUCAUAUUGCAAGUUUCAGAUCUUCCAUGAUGUGCAUUGAAAUUAAUGAACUGUGCAUAUAACUUAAUGCAUUGCCUUUGUAAACUAUUUCAGCUGCAUUCUUUCACUGUUUAAAUACAUGUCGUCAAGCCGUCCUUCCGUGAUGAUAACAGUGACAAACGUAUUUUGUUCUCCCUGCAUGCAUAUUAGUGUAUUACUUUUGUUUAUUCUACUCUGCUUGGUUUACUUGGGUUAAAUAUGAUGGAGCGAAACCAACCAGAUGCUUUGAUUGUCAAUGCUUUCUCACUCAGACCAAAAGAUCAGGUUCUUCUUGGUUCUUUUCUCGAUUUCAGCCUCAAAACUGCGAUGAUAUUGGACUGAGCUGCGUCCUGUGGAAGCAGGCAAGCACUGAGACAUUUAAAAGAUUCUAACAGGUUUUAUAUAUACAGCACCUUUCUCUUACAACGGACAGUUAUCAUGUGAAAAGGAUGUGAAAUGAAUGCUUACAGUAUAUAUCGAGCCAAAGUGACAGAAGAGAAGCUGCUGAGGCUUCAAAAAGGAACUCUUUGUAAUAAUAAAGAUGGCAUAAGGUGAAGAUAAGUGCUUUUUUUGCGCAUGGCUCCAUAAUUGGAACUCAAUCAUGGAUACCACUUGGUUACAAGGACCUCAGACAAAAAUGCCAGGAGAUAACUGUGGACAGCCGAUAAAGAUGGACACAUUUCUCAGAGAUGGACUAACCCUUUUUCCUUUCAUGUUGUAGAACGUGUCAAAUAAUACCUCAUGGUGAUGUUGACGAACAACCUGGGACGUCUUCAUGUGAAUUAUAUUUCUACGGUAGCGCUAUAAUGAUCUAGAUAUUGUUCUGCUUAACCAUUUGUAAAUAAAUCCC